GAAACGAUGUCGGUCCAUCUCAUGCGCCUCAACAGCAUCCGCAAGGACAGUCGCCGGAGCUACUUUGAGCUCGAGGACGGCGCGCGGAGCGGCGUCGCAUGCGAGUUUGGCGUCCUCAAGGACCCGACCCUCAUGGACAAGCUCACGGGCCAUGCGAACCACGCGACGAUCUUUGUGCGCUUGGACGAUGGCUCGAUCACAACGACGGCCCAUAACGGCGAGCCCGAGCACCUAGCGACAAGCGAUCUCUGGGCGACGCUGUAUGGCAAGAGAGAGGUGCGGCUGGGCUCUACGUCCAGCGACGACGCGGCCACCAAGCACCACACCACGCUUGCGUUCGAGUCGCGGCUCGCGGCCGUCGAAUUCUGCGGCGCCGUCGACCUCAUCCAGCACGUUGCGUACCUGCGCCACCCGCACCGCGCGAACGCCAUGAGCUCUGACGCUGUGCUACGCCAUCACCUGGAAGCCACGUUGCGCUUUGUCGACGAGAUGUGGACACUCGCCAUGUGGCGGGAGCUCUGGCCGUACUCCAACAUGGCCGAGAUCCUGCACGCGUGCUUGGACGACCUAAGUGCCAACGCGCCGCCGCCGCAAGUCCGCGGCCGCCUCGAAGACAUCUACGAUACGUUCUACACGGAGGCCACCAUGACGCUGUUUGCCGAGCGCGAUGGCGUCCGCUUCUUUCGCCCCUCGUACAUUGGCCUCCUCGUCGCCAAGCUCAAGGCCGCCAUGAGCCACAUUACGCUGUACGCGCGGUAAUAGACUAGAGCCACAGGAGUGUACGACUAUUUAAUCACCUGCCCACAACCAUCUUUAGUAGACCAGAGAUACGCACACCGCGGCCACACCCCGGGGCACCAUUUGCGGUUUAGAGGGUGCGACCGCCUUGUCUCGACCAACUCGCUCGACGGGCGCAGGUCGUUGCCAAGAGAGGAGACGAUCGAAGCUACAUGGGUCGCAAUGCCAUCGCGGUCACCUGCUAACGUGGCUGUUUCGUCUACAGCACCCGUGCACUUGGGUCCAUUCUGCCGAAAAUAAGACUCCAUCACGUCAAGUCACGGUCCUUGCCCAUGGCUCGUAGCGCCGUGAGCCUCGUCUAGGUUCCGACACGCGUUUACGUUGCGAGCUGUCGCGCGAGGAAGG